AUGAAUCCCGAAGCUGACCAUCAUGAAUAUUGUUCUGGGGGUUUCUCCCCAGACGAUAUUGUCAUCAGCGGAGUUGCUGGUCGAUUUCCAACUGUCGACAACGUUGGACAGCUAAAAGAAGCAUUGUUUGAGAAAAAGAACCUCGUCAUACCAACUGAUGAACGUUUCGAGAAAGGUGCUCACGACGUUCCUUUCAGUUCCUCUGGUAUCAUAAACGACAUAGAUAGAUUCGACAAUGAGUUCUUCGGCAUUCCUUCAGCAUGUUCACAUCUCAUGGAUCCAUCCCAAAGGAAAACGCUAGAAGUAUGCUACGAAGCCAUUCUAGAUUCAGGAUACGAUCCUCAUGACCUGAAAGGCUCGAAUAUAGGUGUUUAUCACGCACUUGCUAAUCAAGAUGGAAGAGAUAUGUUAAUAUAUCAAGGAUGUGGUGAUCUCGAACUGAAAAAUUUUGCUGUAGGUUGUUUACGCACAAUGAAUGCGAAUCGAUUCUCUUUCAUCGGGGAUUUUCACGGGCCAAGUUUUACCUUGGAUACAGCUUGUUCAUCAUCUGCUGUUGCUUUGUGGUCUGCAUUUCAUGACAUUAAAAAUGGAAUAGUAGAUGCAGCUGUAGUUAGUGGAGUUCAGCUAUGCUUAUCACCUGCUUUUACCUAUUUCUACAUAAAAAGUGGCAUAGUGUCAACUACUGGAAACAGUGCUCCAUUUGAUGCUGACACUGAUGGAAUGACUAGGACUGAAGCAGUCAAUGCAGUAUUUAUCCAGAAAGCUUCUACUGCUCGGAGAGCAUAUGCAACUAUUGCUCAUGUGAAACAUACUGCGGCUGGAUAUGUUCCAGAAGGUGUAUAUGUUCCAUCUUUUAAAGAAGAAGUAAAACUUUUUCAGGCAACCUUGAAUGAAAUUGGUCUGAAUCCCGCUGAUGUCUCUUAUGUUGAAGCUCAUGGUACUGGUACUGCUGUUGGUGAUCCAAUCGAACUUAAUGCAGUGGCUGAAGUAUUUUGUAAAGAUAAAGACAAACCUUUAUAUGUUGGCACCAUCAAAAGCAACAUUGGACAUACAGAAGCUGCUUCAGGUUUGUGUGGAGUUAUAAAAUCUGUCAUAGCCUUUGAAAGUGGAAAAGUUCCGCCGAACAUCAAAUACAGAACUCCAAAUCCUGCUUGUGAAAGUCUAUUAAAUGGACAGUUGCAAGUUGUAACAGAUCCAAUAUUGUUACCCUCUCCUUACAUAAUUGUGAAUUCAUUUGGCUUUGGUGGAUCUCUUGUAAAUAUCAUCCUUAAGCAAAACCCCAUUGUGGAUGUAAACAAAUGUCAACCUUCCGUUCUACCAAAAUUGGCAUUGUAUUCAGCAACUACGGAGGCAGCAGUUUUGUUUUUGUUUCAGUUCUUGAAAGAUAAUCCUGAGUUGCCUGCUGAAUUUUUUGCCUUGCUGCACAAAAUAGCAUAUACACCAACUCUACUGAAGCCAUUUAGAGGCUAUGCACUACUUGAUCACUCAGCAGAGCCUGUCAUUGAAGCAAAACACUCUUUGAGUGACAAACGUGAAAUUUGGUUUGUGAUGACUGGAAUGGGGUGCCAGUGGUCAGGAAUGGGAUUGGAGCUCAUGAAAAUUGAUGUCUUCGCUCAAUCAAUGAUGAGGUCUGCUGAAGUGCUCAAGCCAUAUGGAAUUGACCUGUUGACUAUCUUGAGGAAGGAUAAAAAUUAUUUAGAAGUUGAUAGAAAAAUCACACCAGCAUUUGUUUCAAUCACUGCCAUUCAGAUUGCUUUGAUUGAUCUCCUCAAGUAUAUUGAAAUAAAUCCCGAUGGCAUAGUUGGCCAUAGUACAGGGGAACUUGUGUGUGCUUAUGCAGAUGGAUGCUGUACAGCAGAGCAGACUAUACUCUCUGCAUAUUGGAGAGGUAAAGCUGUAGAAAGUUCAAAACUUGCAUCUGGUGCAAUGGCAGCUGUAGGCCUGACUUGGGAAGACGCAAAGAGGAGGUGUCCAGAGAAUGUUUAUCCUGCUUGCCAUAAUGCUGAUGAUUCAGUAACAAUUAGUGGACUUAAGAAUAAUGUGGAGAGCUUUGUUAAUAAGUUGAAAGAAGAGAAUGUGUUUGCAAAAGUUGUAAAUGCUUAUGGAUAUGCUUUUCACUGUCAACUUGUUUGGCCAGCUGCAGCAAUGCUCAAGUCUGCUCUCAGUGAACUCAUUCCCAAUCCUAAAUCAAGAACUGAACAUUGGGUAAGUUCUAGUUAUCCUGAAGAAGAAAUGGAAAAAGAGGCCUGCCAAAUAGCUGGAGCUGAAUAUUUUGUUCAUAAUUUGAUGUCUCCUGUUCUUUUCAAUGAAGCUGUUAAAAAAAUUCCAUCAAAUGCAAUUACAAUAGAAAUUGGGCCUCAUUUCCUGCUGCAAUCUAUACUUAAGAGAGUCAUUGGUGCAGAUGCUUCAUACAUAGGCCUUAUGAAACGGAAUGAUGAUAACAAUAUAAAGUUUUUAAUGCAGUCACUCGGAAAGCUAUAUGUUGAAGGAUUGGAUCCUAAAAUUGAGAAACUAUACCCUGCAGUAAAAUUCCCUGUUCCUAGGAACAUACCGAUGAUUUCUGAUUUGAUAAAAUGGAAUUACUCUCAGAAAUGGUACAUACCUAAGUGGACUGCAAAAACAAGUGAAUAUUCACAAAGUUUUGACCUUGAAGGAGCAGAUAAUUACUUGAUAGAUCAUUGCAUAAAUGGAAAAUCUCUAUUUCCGGCCACAGGGUAUGUGGUUCUUGCAUGGCAAGCAUUGGCUAGCAAGCUGAAUCGGCCAUUUGCCGAAGUUCCUUUUGUCAUUGAGAACUUUAAAAUACACAGAGCUACUAUAUUGAACCAAUCAAAAAAAGUAACAUUUCGUGUAACGAUAUUGGAAGCGUCUGGAGACUUUGAAAUAAUUGAAGGGAAUUCCAUCGUUUCAAGUGGUAAAAUUUACCAGCCAAAAAGUAUUUCCUUCGACGAUCCGGAACCUCUUUUUAAGUGCAGAGAUUUUGCUUCCUUGAUAUCUGGAGAAGAUGUAUAUAAUGAACUAAAAAUAUAUGGAUAUCAGUAUGGACCUUGUUUCAGAGAGCUUGUGGAAAUGAAUAUUGAUGCAACUGAAGGUCUUGUAUCUUGGAAUGAACGAUGGAUUCCUUUUCUUGAUGCACUUCUUUUAUUUUUUGGGCUUGUCAACGAAAGCAGAUUCUUUCCAUUGCCAACCGGAGCUUUAUCUUUCAAAAUUGAUCCAAAAGUUUUGAGGGAACAUUUAACAAAUCCUAAAGACUCAGAUGUCAGAGGAUUUCCAGUCAAUUUCAAUCAAUUCAGUAAAAGAUGCCGCUCUUCAGGCAUUGAAAUUACAGAGUUGAAUGUAGAUCCUGCUCCUCAACAUUCAUCUUCUGAAAAUUUACCAACUUUUGAAAAAUAUACAUUUAUUCCAUACAUAAAUCCCCCCACAUUUUACUGUUUACAGGAUAAACAGUUACAAUACAUGAAUAUCUGCAACUCUAUUAUGAAAAAAAUAGCAAACAUAACAGGCAAAAAGGUGCAAUUGCCUCAAACUUUUUUCGAUAAAGAAAGUGAUGUUGAUGAGAAUGAGCUAGCAACAGAACAAAGUUUGUUACAUACUCUUCGCCAAGUUUCAAAGUUAAAUUUUCAAAAUAGUCCAAUGAAGAAUUUGAAAGAACUAUUCUAUCGAUACGUGAAAAAUCUUGGAUGUGAUCCGUUGAAUUAUGUUUUAUUAAAUGAUGAGUGUCUCAGAGUUAUUUUUGAUAUAAUUUCAGAAAAUAGCAUAAAAAAGCUCAAUAUUUUAGAAAUACAUGAAGGCUUUUCACCAGUUUUGCCUCAUCUUUCUGAAUCAGUUCAGAAGUAUUUAGAUUUAAAAUUUAAAAAUAAAACAUUAGUGUCUUCUGAUGAAAGUAUAGGAGAAAAACUUGAACCUUAUGACAUAAAAGUGAAGCCAUUUUCAGACCUCAUUUCUAUUGCUGAAGAUAAAAACCAAAAUAUUGUGAUUAGCUCAUUCUUUUGUGGUUCUGUAACCGAUCUGCGGAAUCAGCUGAAAUUGUUGGUUUCUUUAAUUGAUGAAGAUGGAUUUAUUAUAAUGUUCGUCAAGAACCAACUAUUAGCUGCUGAGUCUUUCUUGUGUUCACUUUGCAAUGAAGACAUUCCAGUUCAACCAGCAUCAACGGUUGAAAAUAUUUUUACGCUGGAAGAUUUAGUUGUUAUCAGUAAAAUUGCAGAUACUCUUGGCUGUUCUUUAUAUUUGUUACGUCCAUCAGUUUCACCAAAGUCGAGUAAAGUAAUCCAUGUUUUAGAAGAUAAUAAAAAUCAAUGGCUUAGUGAGUUACAGUCUGCUCUGCAGGAUAAAACAUAUGACAGGGUAUGGCUGGUCUCUGAAGAUUUUCCAGAUAAUGGAAUCAUUGGAAUGGCUAAGUGUUUAAGGCAAGAACCAAAUGGUGACAAAAUUAGGUGUCUCUUCAGAACUGAUCCAAUUUCUAAAACAAAAUUACCUGCAUUUAGCUUAGAAGAACCAUUCUACAAUGAAAUUUUAAAGAAAAAUUUGUUGAUGAAUGUUUGGAAAGACAAUUGCUGGGGUUCUUUCAGGCAUAUCAAAAUAAAUAAAGACAAACACAUGCGAAAAGUUGACCACAGUUUUAUUAACUGUACCAAAUAUGGAGACUUGUCUUCCUUCCAAUGGAUAGAAUCUGCUGUGAAAUAUAUCUCACCUCCUGAGUCUUCUUUGGUACACAUAUACUAUUCUGCUAUCAAUUUUAAGGAUGUUAUGUUAGCCACUGGAAAACUAUCAAUUGGAACUUCUAAAGAUGUUUUGGAAGAUGAUGAAUGUGUUUUGGGUUUUGAACUGUCUGGGCGAAACUCUUCUGGCAAAAGAGUUGCUGGAAUUUGUGGCUCCAGAGGCAUGGCUACAGCAACUACUCUUCAUCCUUUGCUAACUUUUGAAAUUCCUGAUCAGUGGACAUUGGAGGAAGCAGCAACUGUACCAGUUGUUUAUGCUACUUGCUUUUAUGCCUUGUUUAUCCGGGCCAAACUUCAACCCAGAGAAAGUAUCUUAAUCCACUCAGGAACUGGUGGUAUUGGCUUAGCUGCUAUCAACAUUGCAUUAAGUUUGAAUUGUGAAAUUUUUGUUACUGUGGGUAAUGAACAAAAGAAAAAUUAUCUCCAACAAAUGUUUCCUCAAAUAAAGUCGCAAAACAUUGGCUGCUCUAGGAAUACAUCAUUUAAGGAUUUGAUCAUGCAAAAUACCAAAGGAAAAGGUGUGAAUGUUGUUUUGAAUUCUCUUGCUGAUGAAAAAUUCCAAGCAAGUAUCCAGUGUGUUGCUAAGCAUGGCAGAUUUAUUGAGAUUGGGAAAUAUGACUUGGCAUUGGAUCAUUCUCUUGGUCUUAAACGCUUUUUAAAAAAUAUUUCAUUUCAUGGAGUCUUUUUGGAUCAGUUGUUGGACAAUGAAGAGUCCUCACAAAAUAUAUUGCGUCAAAUUUCACAAUUAAUCAAAGAAGGAAUAAGAAAUGGUGUGGUAAAGCCUUUAAAAAGAACUGUUUUUGAGAAGGAUGAAGUUGAAGCUGCAUUCAGAUACAUGGCUAGUGGAACACAUAUUGGUAAAGUUCUUUUGAAGAUUCGUAAUGAAGAACCAGAAAAAAAUUCUGUACCCCAGAUCUUGAAACUACCAGCCAUCCCAAUGACAUACUUUUACUCUCAUAAAGUUUACAUUAUAAUUGGUGGCCUUGGCGGAUUUGGUGUAGAGCUAACUAAGUGGCUUACAAGGAGAGGAGCAAGAAAUAUCGUACUAACAUCAAGGUACGGAGCAAGAACACCUUAUCAUAACUUGUGCCUCAAACGAUGGAAGAGUGAAGGCUUCAAUGUAUCUGUCUUUACUUUGAAUGCAUCUAUAAAAGAUGAAGCUAAAAUGUUGCUGCAAGAAGCUUCAAAAAUAGGGCCAGUUGGUGGAAUUUUUAAUUCGGCUGUGGUCUUGAAAGAUGCUUUCCUAGAGAAUCAGACAGCAGACAACUUUAAAGAAGUAUGUUUACCAAAGGCAGUGGCAACCCGAAAUUUAGAUGAGUUGUCCCGGCAUAUGUGUCCUUCUCUUGACUAUUUUAUUUGUUUUUCAUCAAUAAGCUGUGGGAAAGGUAAUGCUGGUCAAACAAACUAUGGUUAUGCAAAUUCAGUUAUGGAAAGAGUUUGCGAACAGAGGAGAGCCGCAGGAUUACACGGGUUAGCGGUUCAAUGGGGCAUUAUUGGAGAUGUAGGUGUUGUGCAUAGGCAUAUGGGAGAAGAUGCCAGGAUUGCAGGUGUAUGUGCUCAAAGUGUGAAGUCUUGUUUAAAUACACUGGACACCUUUUGCCAACUGGAAAACCCUGUAUUGAGUAGCUAUGUUAUAGCUGAUUCGUCGAAAAAAAAGGAUGGUCAAGUAGAUACCUUGCAUCAGUUAGCUAAAAUAUUUGGCUUGAGUGAUCCUUCUGAAUUUAACCCUUAUCGCAGUUUUGGAGAAAUGGGACUUGAUUCUAUGAUCGGAAUUGAAGUGAAACACCUGCUGGAAACCACAUAUGAUAUUUCUCUGACAAUGCAAGAAAUUCAAGACCUCAAAAUUAAUGAUGUGAAAGUGAUCAUUGAAAAAGCCGAAAGCGAGAGUGCUAACAAAAAUGAAAGAGCAUCGGCUUUACUAACAACUUCGACCAUCAAGUUGCCUGAAUUUAUUUGUUGCGAUCACCCAGUUGUCCCUCUUAAUACGUCCUCUAAUGGAACUCCAGUAUUUAUUGUCAAUAUUGAUGAUGCACCUAUUUCAAAUUUGUCUCAAUUGGGAAAAGUUCUCACAAUACCAGCUUUUGCAUUAGUUUGGUGUAAAGACAGUCCAACCAACAACUUGGAAACUUUAGCUGCAUGGUAUUUAAAAGAAAUUAGAAAGGUGACUGAUCAACCAAUUCAUCUUAUUGGAUACUUAAAUUUAAGUGGAUGUCUUGCAUUUGAAAUGUUUCUUCAAGAUGAGAAAAACAUUGAUAGCUUGACUCUUCUCACCGGGUCAACGCACAUCAUAAGUAUCAUAAAUAAAGACUUUGAUCUCAGUGCAACAGAAAGUGAUAUUCUUCUUGAUUAUGUUCAAUCACUUAUACCAGGACAGGCAACAAAGCUCCAAAAUGAUCUUACAAAGGCAGCAAAUUUUGAUCAAAAAGUUAGAGUUAUCAUGAAUGCAUUAGCAAUGUCUUGCCCUCAAACCGUAAACAAAGCCCAGCUAAAUGAUGCUAUUCGGUCUUAUGUGAAGAAAAUUAGUUUGAUUAGAAAAUAUUAUCCAAAAACCAAACUUCAUAAAAAUAUAUCUUUAAUUGAAGAUUCAUCACUAAUUCUUGCAAAUGAUGUUACUGAAGUAAAAAGGAUAUUAUCAAAAGUUUCUGUUGGUGAAGUUGUGAUUCAUCGAAUAUCUGACUGCGUUUUAUCAGCCAGCAACAUUAAUAAAAUUGCAUCUGUUUUGAAUAAAAGUUUUUAAUUUAGUAUUUCAAAGAACGUAAUCUCUUAAAGAAGUAUUCAUGCAUCUCUUAUUUUAAUAAAUAUAUUUUUUCAUUCUUA